AUGUCUUUUAAAGCAGUUAAAUCAAGCUCCAAAAGUAUCUUUGAAAGUCCCAGUUCUCGACUCACCACAACUGUGCCCAGCCCUCAAAAAGAGUCUUUCUUUAAUUCCACAAUGUCAUCAAAAGAGCUUCUAAAAAACCUGUAUAAUACUCGUUCCAAUCAGCGUCGGCGCAGUUCAGCAUCUCGGCAAUCAGGUUCUUUUGACCAAUCAAUGGAGUUUAAUAUGACUUCUGGCCCAACUUUUAGUUCUACGCAGUCUUACCCACAUCGGUUUGCAGCUGACUCCAUUCCUCAAGGAAAUUUUGAUGAAAGGGAAUGCUUAAAUUCUACAGAAAAACUCGAUAAACAAGCCAAAUUUUGCGAAAGUUUAGAAGCAAAGCUUCUCAAAGAAGAUUUUUUCAAAGCGAAAGUUACUUAUAAAGAACAAAAACAUAGAGAAUUCAAAGAUAAUUUAGAACAUAAUAAAAGGAUUGAUAAAGAAUUUAAAGAAAAAGAAACGAAAAGGGCGCAAUCUCAAAGAGCUGAGGAGAGGAAAAAUAAGAAAAAAGAAACUAUUGAGCACAAAAUUGUUAUGCAAAAAAUUAAAGAUGAUGAAAUUAGCCAAUACAAAGAUGGUCUAGAUAGAGAAAAUAAGAAGCAUGCACUAGUAGAUCAAAUAAAAAACGAGCGCAAAGAAAGGGAAAAAACAGAACAACAAGAAGAAAGAGAAAGCUACUUACAGCAAUUUGAGUAGAUUGUUUUUGCUCAUUAUUGUAAAAAAUUUAAAUUUUUGCUAUUGAGAGCUUAUUUAUUUGAAUAUUCCAAAAGAUACUCAACUCAUAAUUAUUUUAUGAAAAAAAAAUUAAAUUAUUUAAAAUUUUUAUGAAUUUGAGAACUAUUGGUCCUGUAGAAGGGCGAUAACCGUCUAAUAAUAAUAAUAAUUUUAAAUUUUGGGUAUUAAAAAACCCUAUUAAAAGUUUAAUCUUAUUUUUUUCAAAAUGGGGGUGUUAGAUUUCAUUCAAUCUCAACAGACCCGCAGCAAUGAAGAAGCCUUAAGAGAAAGAAAAGAACUAGCUUAUGAUAGAUCUGCAAGACUUGUUGGAAACUGAAUGAAAGCUCGAAGAAGGAGUCAAGAAGCAACUGAAAGACUUGACCUCACUUUGAAAUUGAUUAAUAGAUAUAAUUAA